UUCGCAACAUCUAUAGUUAUCAAAUUAAACAAAAUAUGGGGAUAUCGCAUACAAAAUUUACGCCAAAUGUUCGGCUAAACACAAAAACUGCAAUUAUAACCGGUGCAAAUACGGGACUAGGAAAAGCCGUAGCAAGAGAUUUUUAUAAACGUGGUGCAAGAGUGAUAAUGGCGUGUCGAAACAUGGAGAAAGGAAAUCAAGCCGCUAAAGACAUAAAAAUAUCAUGUACUGACGAAAAACUGGUAGGAGAACUUGUGCUAGCUGAUCUUGAUCUGAGCAGCCUGAAAUCGAUAAGAGACUGUGCUUGUAAAUUGCUAAAUGAUGAAAAACGAAUAAAUAUUUUAGUCAAUAAUGCUGGAGUGAUGAUGUGCCCCAAGUCCCAAACUAGUGAUGGGUUCGAAACACAGUUGGGAACUAAUCACUUAGGUCACUUCUUAUUUACACUAUUGCUUUUGCCAAGGAUUAUCAGCAGCGCGCCAUCACGAAUUAUCAACGUUUCUUCAAAAGGUCAUACGUUUGGCCGAAUAGAUUUUGAUGACCUGAAUUUUGAGCGUUCUAAAUAUAGCGCGUUUGGUGCAUAUUCCCAAAGUAAGUUAGCAAACAUCUUGUUUGCCAAAGAGCUUGCUAGACAAUUAGAAGAGAACGGCAUUGAUGGCGUGUCCACCUACAGUGUGCAUCCUGGUGUUGUUUCCACAGAACUCGGACGGCACUUAAACAAAACAUAUUUUACAGGCUUAUCAAAGGCAAUACGACUGUUAAUGGGUAGAUUCUUUAAAACCGCCGAAGAGGGUGCGCAAACUAUCGUCUACUGCGCACUCAGUGUUGAAGCUGGUAAAGAAACGGGUUUAUAUUAUUAUAAUUGUGAAACGGUGAAACCUGCUGGUGCAGCGGAGAAUAUGGAGGACGCAAAGAAACUCUGGGAAGAAAGCAUAAAGCUCGUAAAACUUGAAAAUUACAAUCCAUUUACUUCAUGUUGA